AUGGGUCUCGUUCCCUGGAGUAAAUUGGCGGUCUUGUUGUGCGCAGCUCUUACCACUGUCAACGGUGCUCAAAUACCGCUAACGCCACCACUUUCUUCGCAUUUUCUCAAAUCUGCGACGCCGGCGCUAUGGGAUUUUAAUGUGACCCCAAAUCUAAACUCGACGAGUCAUCUUAUAUUCGACACCGUUGCUUCGUUAUCACAGCACUGGACGAACACACGCUAUCGAAAUGGACACAACAUUGUACCGGGGACUGUUCCCGUUGGUACUCUUCUUUAUCACGGCACUGACAAACACGAAGUCCCCGCAGGACCAGAAUGGACUGCCACAGACCCAGAGCACUCGUAUCUUUUCUGCCGAAGCGCACCCACGAUUGAUGGCUCGUCAUCCGGCUGCUGGCAUUUGACGCUAGUUGUGACACGCCCGCUCAAAGUGCUCUACUUCGAUGGAAGCAGCGCUGCGAAGAUGUAUGGUGGUUCUAUGGAUACUCAGGAUAUUGUAAUCUGGGGAGAAGUCAAGCCAGAUUGGACUUUCAGUGAGAGGACAAGAAUCAACGAGCUCUGUGAAUGGGGCCGGGAGUUUGGGCUGGAUGGGUUUGUGAGAAUGGAGAUGGACUUUGAAAUUAUGCUCUGCGAUUUUACAGUGGCUGUUGAGAUUGUCUCCUUUCUCAACCUGAACUCAGGCAUGAAUAGAGGGAGACAUCGUCCUCCUUCCAAGCCACCUGGUAGAGAGCCAAGCUUCGAGCCUGUGCCGAGUUUUCCUCCGCCCAAUGAUGAUGUUUCCAGCAUCCUCCAAUAUCGAGUUAUUGAAGCAGGGGUAUGGCACAAUACAUAUCCUGGAGAGACACGCAUCAACCUCGACCUCAACGGCUUGAUCUCAUUCUAUGACACAGACCUCUUUCCCAGCCUUGCAGUUGCGAGAUUUGGUCAGGAGCGGUGGAAACAUCGUUUGCAAGGGCUCAGUGUCGUUGAUUCCAAGGCUUUCCAGACAAGAAUUCGGGAGGUUCUCGAACAAAUCGGACACACUGGAAGUGGCAUUGAUUGGUCAACCUUGAUUCGGGUUGUCGUAGAUCGAUACGCCGAACGUUUGGAAAUUCUGCAAUACCUUUUGAACUCCACAAGCACAGUAGAACAGGCGAAGAGAGUUCAAAAACACUUGAGGAGCAUGGUCAUACCGUACAUUCUUCACACCUCUGUGCCCAACUCGGAUUUCAAUAAUCACUCGUGGGCGUUGCCGGUAUACGAGCAUUGCGCUACCACACAUACACGCUACAUUUCAUCCAUUCCCAGCAUAUUGACGAGGAUGACGAAAUCCGAAUCGUUGAUCCUACGUUCCGUGCAAGAAGUAUCGAAGGAGAUCUGCCGCGUUGUAGUGGGAAUGUGGGCUGAAGGGGUCGAAUUAGGCCUUGAUGCCAUUUCGCCUGCAUCAUUGUCAUCAGUACCAGCGCGCAAAUUCGAAUCCGUAGAAAUCAUCAACGCCGUUCGCCGAUGGCAAGAACGCACGGAAGGCCUGAUGGCCUGGUUGGAUUGGAGCGUGUGGGUGAAGUGUAGACCGGCUUGUGGGUAUGAAGAGAUAUGUUAUCUCCCAACAUGGCCGUUCAUUCCCGGAUCUGGGCAUGGGCCGCGUCCUCCUCGCCCUGACGUUGGUCAGUACAGGGUGAAGGCACAGCUUCAGGGCGCUGAUGACGGUGAAGAGGAUCCCGUUCUGCCCCAGCCUAAAUGUAUCCGCAGAGUUGAACCAUUCACCGGGAUCUGA